AUGAGCAGCGACGAUGGCGGAUCUGUCGGAGGUGGCUUGGUGGACAUUCGCCCAGAGGAGACUUGGGGCGAGCGACGCACCAUGCCCAAGCUCGUUCUCACCAACGUGGAGAAGCAAAAUAUUCAAGGGACGCUUGGUUCCCUUUGUGCAUAUUACCGCGGCGUUGUUUUUCGAACGCCUUCAUCUUACGGCCCAUUACGACCAUCUCCUUAUCGUUUAGUGAAUUGUUGA